UUGGUGUUAUUAUAUAUAUCUUCAUUACAUCAGGAACUUCCCCUUCAUCAAGUGUCGAGUUUCACCUUAUGCAGUUAACAGGAUUGUUGGCAUUCUUUCUGCCUAACAGAGACGUGAACGACCGCCCACGUGGCUAACGACCUUAUCAAUGAUGAAAUUAGACGAUAAAUUAAACUAAACAUAUAAUUAUCAAUAUUUUGGCCAUUACACUCCAGAAUCCAACUCCCAUUGUGCUUCCGGCUGCCUCCUAUACCAAUACAGGAUAAUGAAGGCCGUAACUAAAAACAAACCAACUACCAAAACAUUUAGGAAGUUAAAAAAUAGUGAAAUAAUAAACCAAAAUUAAACUAAAAGUUAAUAGAAGCCCAAAACCGAAGUAUCAGACAAGUGGAAGUAUUGACUCAGGGAUUGGGACUCAGUGUUUACAUGUCUGUCUUGUACACUUGUAGGAUUUUUACCCCAAUUUCUCUCGUUCCUUUUAAUUUAUCUUCUUAAUUCGAAUGUAUUUGUUCUUCGACACUUCUGCUGACUAAAUGUGCUGAUCAAGAAUGGAUAUAGGGACCUUCUUGUUUGUGAUUAUCCUUAUCCAUGCAUCAUUUUACUUCACAGACCAGUUCUUGAAGUCAUGCAUGAAUGUCCCAUAUUUGUGCUUCUUGGAGAACGUUGGGUUAACGGUGAAGCCACUCCAGCUACACUGGUUUACCACUGUUUUUAACCGAUCAGUAACAAAGUGGGCGCUGUGGAGGCCCAAGUUCUUCAAAGUAUGGUUCACACUUGGUGUGGUAGUGGUUGGUAUUCUCUUGAUUCCUGCAGUAUGCCUUUUGAUAAGUGAGCUUGUAAACCAUUUACGACCAUUACAAGAGCAGACAGUACAAGCGCUGCAGCCCAUGGUACCAGGUAUUAAUUUACCUGUAAAGGAGUUACCAUACUACUUUUUCACACUGCUAAUUGCAUCUGUCAUCCACGAGGCUGGGCAUGCCAUUGCAGCCGUGAAAGAAGAUGUUCACGUGAACGGUUUUGGCUUCCUUCUAAUGUUUGUAUUGCCUGGAGCGUACGUGGAUGUACCAACAGAAGAAAUUCGAACCCUCACGCCAUUCAGACAGUUAAAGAUCUUAUGUGCAGGAGUUUGGCACAAUAUUGUUCUGGUAUUGCUGGCACUUGGCAUAGGCCUGUCCACACCAUUCAUCCUCCAGCCACUCUACGUCCAUGGUCGUGGCCUGACUGUCAUGAAACUAUCACAGGACUCCCCUGCAAAAGGCCCCACAGGUCUAGAAGUUGGGGAUGUGAUCACUGCAGUCAACAGACAGACAGUUGUUAGUGUUCAUGAGUGGCUACAGUGUCUUGUGUCCAGCGUCACCUCUGACCAGAUGGGUUUUUGUGUCCCAGAAUCUGUCGUACAUACAUAUGAUGAAACUAUUCAUCACGAGGCAGCUUCCGAUUUCUUCUUUGGUCACUUAACCAAGUUGUAUUCUAGAAGUAAAGCCUUUGAGGGUGCGGAUGGAUCAGUGCAGUGCUGUAGUGGAGACAGUGAUGCUCACUUGUGUUUUGAGUUGCUUGAAGACAGAGAACUGGACAAGGGUGUGUCAGCGAUGCAACCAUUUUCAUGUUUGCCAGCACGGAUGGCUGUGUCUUUGAGUAUGAAGACUUGCAUUAAUUCCGUCGCCUGCCCUACCGACACCCAUUGCUUGGCACCGUCUCUGAGAAAUGCUUCGAGACUCAUGCAGCUCAGUAGGCGAGGAAGGAACGGCGAACGUAAGGAGGACGUACUCUACCUGGGGCCUCCUUCUUACCUUUACCACACAGUAACACUAACUAGUUACAUCCCAAAGUUUUCCUUCCUCUCUCUCACAUGGCCCAACACUAUUGAAGUCUACUGUGAUUAUAUGGUAAAGUUCUCUGGGGCCCUAGCAGUUCUCAACAUGAUUCCUGUAGUUUAUCUAGAUGGCUACUGGAUUUUUGGGGCAGUUAUUGACAUGCUGUUAUCAUCGCGGUGUGAUCAAGUGACCAGAAAGAUUAUUCACGCGGUUGUUACGAUGAUUGGAAGUUUAUUGUUAUUCUUGAAUAUCAUAAUUGGUGUUUGGAGUAUCAUUUGAAAAAAAUUGAGUGGAAUCUUUCAUACAUUUUGUAACACUAUGACAUAAUGUUGUAUAUACUGUGUCCAGGUUUUAUGGCAGAUUUAUGGUACUGUAGUUAAAUCUCUAAGGAAUUCUAGUCUUACAGUGCUUCUAAUUUUGCUUUGUGAACUAAUCUAUUCCAAGGUAGGUAAGGUAUAGAUUUUGUUUAAAUUUGUUAUGUAUUACAAUGUACAAAACUACUUUUUGUGUGUGUUAUACUUAUUUAAUAUAUACUGUACAUUAUUUCUGUAAUUUUAUACUGUGGUGGAUACUUAUUACACCAUUUGAUAUAUUUUUUAGAGAAGAACCAAUAAGCACAAGAAAACUCACACUAACAACUAAUCAAACUCAGAAAAGUUACUCAUACUGCAGGUCGAACCCUUCCAAUAAGUCACCCUGUUGCCCGUUAACUUCUGUGGUCUGGCUCGAUUUGUGAUUGGCUAUUAGUUCCCCGCACUCCUGCAGAGUUUGUUUACAUUCACCAGUCUAGACUCUCAGUAAUUUGAUUUAGUUCUGAUUUACCCGUUAAUAUGGCUUCAGAGAGACCAGCAGAUGGUGAAGGUGUUGGUAAGGCUACAUAAGCUACCCCGGGUUUAUGUUAGAUACACACACUAAUAUUCUCUCUUUUUGUUCAACCUCAGAAUGCGAUGCUUAGCUUUUAACCUAGGUAUGUUAAUGCCUAGCAAUAACUCGCCAGCCCAACAUACAGGCAAUUGAAACAUCUAAUAAUUACUUAAUAAGUAAUACUGUAUUAGGACACCUGGCAUUUAAUUGCAAUUGUCGAAACCCCCUCCCUCACCCCCCAUCGCAUGCACUGCCACCAUCAUCUCUUGCCUGGCGAUUCAGCUGUAAAUACACACGAAGGAGAGCUCCGCAAAUUUGUGUUGUAAUUGCUGAAAUACUAAGCUCCGUGAGGAUUUUAUAUACGGUAUUUGUACUUAUUAGCACAGUGAUGAAGUAGAGUGACUGUUAUUUUGUUAUGUCUCUCAAUUAUUGUAUUUGGGACAAUUUCUUAUACAAUCUCUGGUCAGCAUCAUGGUGACCACAACACGUCUUCUUUGUAAAGUCGUUUAGAUCGUUGUGACUAUCUCUUGCCUUUAAGUCACUUAGUGAAUGUCGCUGCUCCCUCCCGGGCUCGUCUUCACUGAAAGAGAAUACUGUAUGUGAAUAUAUCUAUUUAUAUAUACAUAUAUAUGUGUACU